GCAUUUGCCGAAACGCUUGACCAAAGGGUGACAACGAAGAGGACGACCAUUUCCCUUACCAUCAAUCGUUUGCAAUCCAGCCUUGUCCUGUGCCGCCAGUCUCGUCCCUCCAUUCUUUUUGUUGCUCGUUAUCGUCGCUCUCUGCUAGGCUUGAGAGGCGACUGGUUCGCUCUCGCUUCACCGAUAUCCUUAUUCGAGACGGCACCUCACAAUUGACUACCCCAAGCUCUCCAAUAACAUCCUGUUUUCCUCGUCGCCCUUUAUUUCUCGUUCCCAAGAUAGAAAAUGUGCUGCAGUGGUCCAAAGUGGAAGCGAGAGGUCGUGCCCGACCAUAAGUUCGAUUUCGUUGAUACUCGGGAGUUCACAGACAAUGGCUUCGUCAUGCGCGCAAAGUACCUAUGGCUCUACAUUAUCGUCCUGAAGUCGUUUCUCGUCUACGUCUCUGAUAUCUUUACCGCCGUCACUAUGCUGACAACAUCAAGCUGGUCCAACGAAAUUUUCAACAGCUGCGAGGACAUAGGCUGUGUUACCAUUCCUUUCAACACUGGAAAGUGGCUCUUUGUUGGUUGCAUCAUAUUUUCCUUCCUUCUACUGGGUUAUGAGGCGCGUAAGGCCAAAAAGAUCAUCAACAGUCGAGACAUUUCAUACGCUUUCACCAACGUCAUGGCCAACAACUACUACUCCUUGCGUUCAUACGAUCACUUUUGCUUUUUUGAUCAUAUCAGCAAUUCCACCAAGACGAGCGACGAUUUCGCCUUCUUUGUCUUCUUUACCUUCAAGAGUUGGAAGCGUCUUCUUUUGGCUGAUGGACCACGUCAGACCAUCAAUGCGCUAACGCUCUAUGCUAUUUACCUGGCUCACCAAAACGAAGGUGAUUGGUACGAUGUCUCGAAAUACUUCAUAGGGAAUAGUGCAUCGACCUCCAUUCUGACUGUCACGACGUUCUUCACUGUCGUCGUUUUUGCUGGCUCCUUGUUACUCUUGAUUGUUGCCGGAUUAUGCUACAUUCCUCUGCUCUGCCACAUCCGUGGUAACCUUAAGGAAUAUUGCUGUCACAAAGUUGACAAGCGUAUCACCACCGUCAUCAAACGCAGACAGAAGCAACGUUUGGUAGAGGCAGCCAAGAAUGCCAAACUAGAAGCUAUGGGUGAUUACUCUCACCUCAAGAACAAGAAAGGCGAAGUCGUCGGAGCACCUUUACCCCAGCCAACUCUUCCUAAUCUCUCUGUCGAUGACGAACUCGAUGACGCUUCUUCCCUUCGCACCCGUGGGCCACCAGCCAGUACCUAUACCCAAGACUACUACUACUACAAUUCUGACAAGGGUGACUACCCUCCACCAAUGCCCGCCUUCAAUCCCGCCUCAGCGCACCAAAACGGAUCCUAUCUCAAUUACAAUCAAUCACAAGGCACGCUCAGUCGGGACGAUUCACUCUAUAACUACCCACCUCCUCAACAAGGGAUGUACGACGACGACAAUGACAGUACAGCUCACCUAGCGACCUCUGCUGCGCCAUUUGGUCAGCAAUCCCAGGUUUCUAUAGACCGCCCUGGAACUGCGCCUCCGCCAAAUCCAUAUGGUUCAGUGCCUGGGAAUUAUGAUCCCCACGAUGUCUAUCAAGGACGUGCCGUUGCAAGUCCAGACAACUCACGGCGGCUUUCUCCCCCUCAGCAGUCUAGCGGGCUAGCCUAUGAUGAUGCUCAAGACUAUCCGCCGCCGCAGGGAAUGCAUCAGCAGUACUCCUCACAGCAGAAUGAUCCAUAUGGUGUGUAUUACAACCAGCGGGGGCACUACGGUGAAGAUUCAAGGGGUGGUCCUGGUGGAGGUACCGGAUAUGCAGUAUAGUAGUACUACUUCUCUUUUUUAGUUAAUCUCCAUCUCAUUUUCCCGGCUUGGUUCGUUUAUUUUGAGUCAAGAGUUUGUGUUGCUAUAUGUACAACAAUUGGACGCAUAUCGUAUUAUCAGAAUAGAUUUCUAUACGGGAUAACAAAUACAGA